AUGACACUGAUAAUAGGAGUCCGGCUGGAUUCGUACUAUGAUCCACUUCGGAGCGAGUCCUAUAUGAACCAAAUUUUCACGUCAAUUGAACCUCUAGGUGAAGGGGCAUUUGGUGUGGUAUCUAAAGUAGAGCAUAGAUACACUAACAAAAGAUAUGCAGUUAAGAAAUUGAGGAACGAGAAUAAUGAAUUAACUGACGAAGAAAAAUAUUCUGAGAUAAGCUAUUACGAACGAAUUGGAGAUCAUCCCAAUGUUGUCCAAUAUAUCAUGGCGUGGGAACAGUGGGAUGAUCUCAAAGAGUGGGAUGAGGUUUAUCUGCUACUAGAGUUAUGCCAAAUGUCCCUCGGAUCAUUCGUGUUGAGUGGUUGCAAGUUGCCCGAAAGAUUUUUCUGGGAUUGUUUAUAUGACAUGUGCCAGGCUAUAGUUCAUUUGAACUCAAAACAAGUUCUUCAUAGAGAUAUAAGCUCUGGCAAUAUACUGUUACAGGGCACUUGUUUUAAACUAGGGGAUUUCGACCUCAUGUCGGACCUAACACUAAAGACUCAGAGAACAAGACGUCGUCGUCGGCUUCGUCUUCACAGAUACGACAUUCUUUGCCUUGGUGAUGUUAUGGCAAAAAUAGUGCUCAACGCAACAACUGCUAAUCCCCUUCUAGAAAUGUGUGACGCAUUGACCAACACAAUCGAAUGGAUGAGGUUACCGGAACCUGCUGACAGGCCUUCACCACAAGACAUUCUGGAUUUGCCAGAACUAAGAGAAGCUGAGAUAAGACUGACGUGUAGACUGCCAUACUGCAGUGAGUAG